GUUUUCGAUACUUAAAUCAAUACUUAGUUGUAUGAUGGGGCGAACUAGAAUAGUUCCUACUUAUGGAAGUGUGACGCAAUUAUCCGUGGUCACGAGAGACAUUCGUGAUUGGCCGCGAGAGAUUGAGAUGGGCAAGCCGAGUCAUACGGAACAAUUGACUAGCUGGAUCACUAACGUGCGUCAGAAGAAGCUAAAGUGCUACAGGAGUCCCAAACGUGAUUUCCAUAUGGAAGCUGUGUUGACUCACGCCCUACACAAGGCGGAGUAUGAGUUGCGGGCUAAGCAAUUAUCAAGGAUAGUUCGUUGGCAGCGUUUGCGAAAGCAUCUCCUCAAGGACGUGGAAUAUGGCAGCUGCGGCCUGUAUAAUAAAACUGAACGAGAAUUCGAGAGAUGUGGCCAUCAUCCUGACUCGAGGAACUUCUGGCAGGAUAACUUGUGCGAAGAUCUUAGCAGCAUAGUGGACUUCUUUCAGCAGCUGAAUACAAUCAAAUCAUCCGUGCAGCGGUGACUAGGCCUAGAGAAUAGAUCUUAUUUCCACAGAUAAUGAUUGAAACAUAUCUGUGAAAAUGUGAAAAUCUAUAAAAAACUCUCAAUCAAUUAUUUAAUUAAUAUUUUCAAGCUCAUCCAAGUAGCUUAUUUGAGUGAAAGGGCCACAUCAGCAAAUGUUCCACAUUAACUCCUAAUAAGAAGAGUGCAUUUAAUCAACUACAAGA